AUGUACAUAACUAUCAGCUACAUGAACACCUGACCACAUAUCAAUUAGAUAAAAAAGCCUCUCUGUCCUCCCAGCCCCAGUACCUCGCUCCUCACCCACCGUCAUCCAUCAAUCAUGACUUCGUUCUUGCCGUCAAACGCCCAUGUCUCCACUCACCCAUGCCUGCGCAUGAAGCUCUCCCAGCUCCGAUCUCACAGCACCAAUCCUCGUGACACCAAGGCUUUGAUCCAUGAGAUUUCCACUAUUGUCGGCGUCGAGGCGCUCGCACGGGCUCUCAAGAGCACUACUGCAGGCACGGACAAAUCGCCCCUUGGCUAUGAAUUUCCUGUCGACACUAUCACCCCCUCCCGCAUCUCCCUCGUCCCCAUCCUCCGAUCUGGUCUCGGCAUGACCGAUGCACUCCUCUCAGUGUUGCCUAACCCCGUCCCCGUGCACCACCUCGGCCUUUAUCGCGAAAAGACAACGCUUCAGCCCGUCGAGUACUACAACAACCUGCCUUAUCACCGGCCCUCGACGGCGGAUGCAGACAGCGCGAGGCCCAGCGAGCUGGCUAUUGUAGUAGACCCAGUCAUCGCAACGGGCGCAACGGCGUGCGCGGCGAUCGAGACGCUCAAAGACUGGGGCGUCAAAAGCGUAUUGUUGAUUGCCGUGAUUGCGAGUGAAGGUGGCUUGAGGAAGGCAGCCGAGAGCUGGCCUGAGGGCGUCGAGGUAUGGGUGGGCGGUUGUGACAGGGAGACAGACGGGAAAGGCAUGAUCAAGCCGGGGUUAGGUGACGUUGGGGACAGGCUCUUCUUAACAAUUGGUAAAUAGCUAUACAAUACUAUCUUAAUAGAUAGAUGGUUGUAUACUUGAUUAUCUUGUUUUCCUAGGAUCUCCCUGCUAAUAAUAGUUGCGGCUACUAACACAGAUUUAGACGAAUAUAUUCAAGAUACACAUGUUAUUUCUAACAGAUAUAUAUAUCGAGUUCUAGAUUUUAGCUAUAAAUAUAUAGUAGUUUAAUGCGG